AUGACGUCUGACACAUUCUCGGGAGUCAGGUCGCGCUACGACGAUUUUGUGGCAUUGCACAUUAGCCAGGCGGAUUACGUCCAUUGGGUUAUGGCAUCGAUAUUUUCUAUGGCUAUUCGAACAAGCCCUUCGGCACGAAUGCUCAUAUCAGGGCACAAUACCGUAGACUGGGCACAAGAUUCUGUAACCGAGGCUGCCCUCUUAAACUCGCCAGUCUUCGACAAUGAAUACGGAUUCGGAGGUAACGGCGAUUAUGUCGAGGAUCUCAGCGGCUUCCCAGAUGAAUGGAAGACUGCAUUCGACAUACCUGGAAGGUCGGGAGGCGGUUGUAUUCCGGAUGGACCGUUCGCUGGUCUUAACGCUUCCAUGGGGCCCGGUAACCACACAGACUAUAACCCGCGUUGUGUUCGACGAGACUUUAGCAUUUGGCUCAUGGCAAGAGCAUUGCACACAGAUACUAUCGCUUUCGUCAUGGCAGCAGACACUUAUGUCGAUCUCGAGCAUAGAACCGAAGGUCUAGACCUUGGAAUUGCUGCAGCAUCAGUCCAUGGUGGUGGUCACUUAGGAAUUGGCGGUGUGCUUGGUGAUAUGGCAAAUACGUGGUCAUCGACGGUGGACCCAAUCUUUUGGCUUCACCACAGUGCUAUAGAUCGUCUCUGGGACGUCUGGCAGCGAAACGAUUGGCCGAAGAGAAAAGGGGAUAUAGGAGGGCCUGAUACGCAAUGGGCGUAUCCGUAUGAUUAUUUCGGCGAGAAACCUUAUAAGAACAUUACAUUAGACUUUGUAAUGAACUUCGGCUCUAUCGGCGGAAUGCUGAACAUCCAAGAAGUUAUGGAUGUACAAGCUAGUUUGUGUUAUAAAUACUCAUAA